AUGAAGGAUACAAUUGGUGCACUAGACGGGACACUCAUACAUGCAGUCGUGCCUGCUAGUCAGCAAACUGCAUAUAGAGGAAGAGGAGGUGGUCAAUGCUACCAAAAUGUUCUAGGCAUUUGUGAUUUCAAUGUGAUAUUCGCAUUUGUUUGGCCUGGAUGGGAAGACAUUGCACAUGAUUCUAGAGUGCUAACCGAAGUUGCAUUUAACCCAAGUUCUGGUUUUCUUUUUCCACCUGAAGAUCAACUUUUCAUGGAGUACAACGAAGACACCAUUUUUACCAAUGAAGAAGAAAAUGUUGGAAGUCGAGAAGCGGAACUAGAUGGAUCACAAUGGGGUGUUAAUAGCACACAAUAUAUGGCUAAUUUGUGUGAUCAAAUUGCAAAUGGACUAGUUUCAAAUGUUUGA